AGUCAUCGGCCCAAACCCUCGAGCCGCAGCAUUGCCCCCUCCUCGCCUCGCGCGUCGUCCAGCGCGGGGAGAUGCCGCACAUUGAGUCCGAGGUGAAGCUGGACUUCAAGGAUGUCCUCAUCCGGCCCAAGCGCUCCUUCCUGUCCUCCCGGCAGCAGGUGAGCAUCGAGCGCUCGUUCACCUUCCCCGCGUCCAAGCAGACCUGGUCGGGCGUGCCCAUCAUCGCGGCCAACAUGGACACCAUCGGCACCUUCGAGGUGGCGGAGGUGCUUGCCAAGAGGAAGGUCAUGUGCGCGGUCCACAAGCACUACAGCAAGGC